UCUCACUCUCUCGCUCUCUCUCUCAAUACAAGUUGCAAGAGAAGGGAUCAGAUUUUCGUCUUCCUCUGUCUCUCGCUCUCAUUAUAAUUUCUCUCUGAGCACAUCGCAAACAAACGCUUACGGUCACACCCUUUUUAAGCCUUGGCAUACGAAUCAGAUCUCUCCCUCUUAAAACCCUUUUCUCCUAUAAAAGAAGCCCCUAUUCAAAUUCUUCCCGCUUUCCCUUUUUCUUGUUCGAUUUUCCCGGAAUAUUGCCUUCACAUAACCCUAGCCCCUUUUCUUUACCCAGAAAAAAGGUCCAAUCUUUACUCUUUUCUUUCUCUCUUUCGUCUUUUCGGUUCGACCAACCACCACCACGGCUUGCUAAGAAAACAAAUUCAAUUCUUCUCUUUCCCCUGUUCUUUUUUCCACCUCAACAAUUUAAUGCUAAAUCGAAUAAUUUCAGACUUAACUGCAUAUAAAGUAAAUUAAAUAAUACAAGACACUUCUCGAUAAGCAAUCUUCUUACUCUUAAAAGAUUUGAAACAAGUUCAUGGAUAAUUUCUCAUGUAUGGGAUUUUGUUAUAUUAUUUUUUUUUUUUGGUACACUAUUAAUCUUCUGAGUUAUUCGCCAUGAAAACUAUCGAAAAGGUUUUGGAUCAUCCCUGACUUCCGAUUUAAAUGUGUGACAUAGACUAGGGUCGGUCGAGCCACUGUAACAACCAACAUCGAGGGUAUAAAAUAACAAUGACGGAACAAGGCUUGGAAGGAAGCCAACCAGUAGAUCCCAAUAAGCAUCCUUCGGGGAUCGUUCCCACCCUCCAGAAUAUUGUCUCCACUGUUAAUUUGGAUUGCAAGUUGGAUCUUAAGGCCAUUGCACUGCAAGCAAGAAAUGCUGAAUACAAUCCCAAGCGUUUUGCAGCUGUCAUUAUGAGAAUAAGAGAACCGAAAACCACAGCAUUGAUAUUUGCAUCUGGUAAGAUGGUUUGUACUGGAGCUAAGAGUGAAGAACAAUCUAAACUGGCAGCACGUAAGUAUGCUCGAGUCAUCCAGAAACUUGGUUUUCCUGCUAAAUUCAAGGAUUUCAAGAUCCAGAAUAUAGUAGGUUCCUGUGAUGUUAAAUUCCCAAUAAGGCUUGAAGGUCUUCAUUACUCUCAUGGUGCUUUCUCAAGUUAUGAACCAGAACUUUUCCCAGGCUUGAUUUACCGGAUGAAACAACCAAAGAUUGUGCUUCUCAUCUUUAUGUCAGGAAAAAUUGUUCUUACAGGAGCUAAGGUGAGAGAUGAAACCUAUACAGCUUUUGAGAACAUGUACCCGGUCCUUAGAGAGUUCAAGAAAAAUCGGCAAUGAUAUUUGGGAAGUACCAGCACCAUCAACCUGUUAGUGGAAUGUUUGAGUGACUGGUUCUUAGAAAACCAAAUAUAUGACUGCUGCGACUGCGCAGGAGCGUGGAUUGAAUUGUAUAUAUUCGAAUAGAGGAUGAUUAUGCAUUAGGACACAAUUGUUUUAACUCGAAGCUGAGAUUAGUAUUGUUUUUUACUUUUCUCUUUCGUUUCAAACUUUUUUGUUAUUUUUAUUAUGUAAUAUUUAGUGAACGAAUACGUAAUUAUUUUGCAAGGGUCAAACUUCUUUAAGGCCUUGUCUGAAUAAUAAUCUCUGUUGUACAAUUGGAUUAUUUAUUCGAACUACUCUGUUUGUUAUUAGCA